CGCCUCUCCCUCUCAUUCCCCCCUUCUUCUAUCCUAUACCAAAAUACAAAAAGGUAAGCACUCUUGCCAUCAUACCAUCCACGUCGGCCGUCUUGUCGUUGCUUGUCGUUGUCUGCGCAGCACGUAGACGGAAAACGCCGGGUGGCACAGCAGCACGAAGCAAGGCCUGUCAAUCAUGUCGACGACUGCCUUGACAUCAAAAACACAGCACUAAUCAUCAAUAAUUUGAUUAGGGACAGGAUGCUUUGCAAGCGAGUUGCCUUCGCCCUUCUGGCCGCGGUCGCGGCCGUCCGCGCUGCUGAGGACUCGGACGUCACCCAGCUGCAGAAGGACACCUUCGAGGAUUUCGUCAAGGCCAACGACCUCGUCCUUGCCGAGUUCUACGCCCCCUGGUGCGGUCACUGCAAGGCCCUCGCCCCCGAGUAUGAGGCCGCUGCUACUUCUUUGAAGGAGAAGGGCAUCAAGCUUGCCAAGGUCGACUGCACCGAGGAGGCUGAUCUUUGCCAGGCCUUUGGUGUUGAGGGUUACCCGACUCUCAAGGUCUUCCGCGGCCUCGACAACGUCACUCCCUACUCUGGCCAGCGCAAGGCUGCUGGCAUCACAUCCUACAUGAUCAAGCAGUCGCUCCCGGCUGUCUCCCUCUUGACCAAGGAUACCCUGGAGGAGUUCAAGACUGCCGACAAGGUCGUUCUGGUCGCCUACAUUGACGCCGACGACAAGGAGUCCAACGAGACGUUCACUGCGGUUGCCGAGAAGCACCGCGACGCCUUCCUCUUUGGCGGCGUCAACGAUGCGGCGGUGGCCGAGGCCGAGGGUGUCAAGGCCCCUGCCAUUGUUCUCUACAAGUCCUUCGACGAGGGCAAGGCCACCUUCACCGAGAAGUUCGACGCGGAGGCGAUUGAGAAGUUCGCCAAGGUGGCCGCCACUCCUCUGAUUGGCGAGGUCGGCCCCGAGACAUACGCGGACUACAUGACCGCGGGCAUCCCUCUGGCCUACAUUUUCGCCGAGACCGCCGAGGAGCGUGAGAAGCUCGGCUCGGCCCUCAAGCCCAUCGCUGAGAAGUACCGGGGCGUCAUCAACUUCGCCACCAUUGACGCGUCGGCGUUUGGCGGACACGCCAGCAACCUGAACCUGAAGGCCGACAAGUUCCCCUCUUUCGCCAUUCAGGAGACUACCAAGAACCAGAAGUUCCCCUUCGACCAGGAGAAGGAGAUCACCCAUGACGCCAUCGCCAGCUUCGUUGAGGGCGUCGUUGCCGGUACGAUCGAGCCUAGCAUCAAGUCGGAGCCCAUCCCCGAGACCCAGGAGGGCCCCGUCACCGUCGUCGUUGCCAAGAACUACGAGGACAUUGUCCUUGACGACACCAAGGACGUCCUCAUUGAGUUCUACGCUCCUUGGUGCGGUCACUGCAAGGCGCUGGCCCCCAAGUACGAGGAGCUCGCGGCCCUGUACGCCGAGAGCGAGUUCAAGGACCAGGUUGUCAUUGCCAAGGUCGACGCCACUGCCAACGAUGUUCCCGACGAGAUCCAGGGCUUCCCCACCAUCAAGCUCUACGCCGCUGGUGGCAAGGACUCCCCCGUCACCUACGCCGGCUCUCGCAGCAUUGAGGACUUUGUGUCUUUCAUCGCAGAGAACGGCAAGUACAAGGCCGCCGUCUCCCUGAAGGAGGAGGCCGGCGAGGAGAGCCAGGCCGCUCCUGCUGCCUCCGAGUCUGAUGCUCAUGAUGAGCUGUAAAAAAACACUAUUCUUGGGAACGGUUUUAGGGGCCAUCAUCUUUAGGAGGUUUCUGUUGGACUUGCUUUCAUAUACCUCCUCGCACUGUAGGUAGUUCACGCCGGGUUCUGAGCAGCGGAUAAUGCGAAAAUGAUUGGGAAUUGGCAUAUGACCUGGGACCUUUAGACUGCGUACCGGUAGUCAUUAACAACGUUUUACUCAUGAAGUCCUGUGUCAUGGAAGCCCUGUAAUAUUCAUUCAAUUGCUGUGCACGUUUGCUUGGUACAUUACAUCCUGUGCUCCGCACAAAAACCACCUCGCCCACAUGGCCCGUCGCAUCUUGGCGUAUGCCCAGUUACUGGCAAAAUUCCCCGUCCUGAUGGAGUGGCCAUCAACAAAAUAAUUCCCGCUGGAAGGUCCAUUUAUUUCUUUUUGCGAUCCAACGCAUCCAUCUUCUCCUCCAGAAC